AUGCGAGCUUACGCGACGAAAGCAAAAGCGUGUGCGAAUGUGUGUCGUGCGUCCGACGCUCGUGGCUCGAAUCGGCCAACUGUCGCCGCGCGUCGACGUCGAACGACGACGUUGGCGCACAAAGAUAAAGCCGACGUCGUCGUCAUCGGUGGCGGACUAGCCGGUCUUGCGGCGUGUAACGAACUAGAAAAACGUGGGGCCGAUUACGUUUUGCUUGAAUCCAGCGACGAUGUCGGCGGGCGCGUGCGCACAGACAUCGUCGAUGGGUUCUUGCUCGAUCGAGGCUUUGCCAUCUUUCUCACUGGAUAUCCUGAGGCGCAGAAAGUGUUGAACUACGACGCGUUGGAGUUGAAGCCGUUUUAUGCAGGCGCGGACGUGCGAUUCAACGGUGCGUUUCAUCGCGUGGCGGAUCCGUUUCGUCACCCGCUGGAUGGGUUACAGUCGUUGACGAAUCCGGUGGGGAGCGUCGCGGACAAGGUGCUCGUCGGGCUGGUGCGAUUCCAAACCUUGCUAGCGAUGGGAACGCUGGAUGAAAUGAUGUCAGCCGACGGAGAGACGACGAUCAUGAAGCGUUUAAAGGAUUCUGGAUUCAGUGAUGAGAUGAUUGAUCGAUUUUUUCGUCCAUUUAUGGCGGGGAUUUUCUUCAACCGCGAGCUGACGACAUCGAGCAGACUGUUCAAUUUCGUGAUGCGCAUGCUUGCGACUGGGCAGAACUGUCUGCCGGCCAAAGGGAUCGGAGCGGUGAGCGCUCAGCUGCGCGGUUAUCUCACGGCUGACAGAGUUCGUGUGAACGCCAAGGUGACGACAUUGAGCGAGCGAGACGCUGACAUGUCUAGAACGCUCACGCUUGACAACGGAGAAACAGUGACGGCAAACAAGUCCGUCAUCAUAGCGUGUGAAGGGCCUGAGGCGGCCAGAUUACUCGGUGGCUCCUUGGAGCAGAGUCCAAGUAAACCAGAGUCCGCAGUCGGCACGAUGUGCCUGUAUUUCUCCAUGGACAAGGCACCAACGGAUGAUGCCAUUUUGUAUUUGGACGGCGACAACAAAGGGGGUAUCGUAAAUAAUUGCUGCUUUCCCAGUAACGUGGCGCCUUCCUAUGCCCCAUCCGGGAAAGCGUUGGCUUCUGUGUCUAUCAUUGGUGUCCCGAGCGAAGACGACGCUAAGAUGGAGGCCAAGGUUCGCGAUGAACUUUCUUCGUGGUUUGGUGACGACCAAGUUGCGACGUGGCGUUUGUUACGCACCUAUCGCAUCCCGUACGCGCAGCCCAAUCAAGAGCCUCCGACGAACUUUGCUCGUUCGAGCGUUUUAGGCAAUGGAUUAUUCAUCGCAGGCGAUCAUCGAAGCUCUUCCACGUUCGACGGUGCGCUCGUUUCCGGAAGAAUCGCAGCAGAGGCGGCGACCAAAUAG